ACCAACAAAUAUGAACAUUUAUUCAACUGACCUUGAAGAUUUGUGGGAAGGAACAGGAGACGUCACCGUCACAUGUAGAGCAGACUGUAAUCCACGAUGUGAUAGAUAUCAAAUUUACCACGAUGGACGAGUCCUCUCCUACACAAACGUUACAUCAAUCACAAAAGAUCGAAAAAGCUCAGGAAAAUACAGUUGUGGGGCAUAUGAUAUUAAGUCGAGGAGAUACGUCAGGUCUGCUGAAGUAGAUAUUGAUAUCAAAUAUGGACCCAGCAAUGUUAAACUGAAUUCCUCAAGUGACCUAACAGAUUUGUGGGAAGGAACAGGAGACGUCACCGUCACAUGUAGAGCAGACUGUAAUCCACGAUGUGAUAGAUAUCGAAUUUAUCAUGAUGAACGAGUCCUCUCCUACACAAACGUUACAUCAAUCACAAAAGAUCGAAAAAGCUCAGGAAAAUACAGUUGUGGGGCAUAUGAUAUUAAGUCGAGGAGAUACGUCAGGUCUGCUGAAGUAGAUAUUGAUAUCAAAUAUGGACCCAGCAAUGUUAAACUGAAUUCCUCAAGUGACCUAACAGAUUUGUGGGAAGGAAGAGGAUACGUCACCGUCACAUGUAGAGCAGACUGUAAUCCACGAUGUGAUAGAUAUCAAAUUUACCACGAUGGACGAGUCCUCUCCUACACAAACGUUACAUCAAUCACAAAAGAUCGAAAAAGCUCAGGAAAAUACAGUUGUGGGGCAUAUGAUAUUAAGUCGAGGAGAUACGUCAGGUCUGCUGAAGUAGAUAUUGAUAUCAAAUAUGGACCCAGCAAUGCUGUAAUGUAUUCCUCAAGUGACCUUGAUGAUUUGUGGGAAGGAAGAGAAUACGUCAACCUCACAUGUAGAGCAGACUGUAAUCCACGAUGUGAUAGAUAUCAAAUUACUGGCCCAUAUCUCUCCCACACAAACGAAAUAUCCAUUAAAAAAGAUCGAAAAAAUUCCGGAAAAUACAAAUGUUGGGCAUACGAUGUAAAGUUGACGAGAUAUGUCAGAUCUGCUGAAGUAGAUAUUGAUAUAAAAUCCAAAGAAUCUCGAGCCCGGACUCAUGACACUGACGUUGGAAUAGACCUCUCUAGCAACAACUCUGAAACAACUUCCACUGAAAAAGAAUAUAGACCCAGAAAUGUAAGCAUUUAUUCCUUAAGUGACCUUGAUGAUUUGUGGGAAGGAAGAGGAUACGUCACCCUCACAUGUAGAGCAGACUGUAAUCCACGAUGUGAUAAAUAUCAAAUUUACCAUGAGGGACAAGUCAUCUCCAACGCGGGUGUGACAUCCAUGGAACAAGAUCGAAAACACUCAGGAAUAUAUAGCUGUGGGGCAUAUGAUGUGAAGUCGGGGGAAUAUGUUAGAUCAGCUAAAGUAGAUAUUGAUAUCAAAUUAUUGCAGAUUGUACCAGACUUCCUGAAGCCCAGUGAGGUUUUCAAUGCCGUCCUUGAAGCUCUUCCAACAAGGCCAUUUGUAGAGACGUUCAUAGUUGACGUUGAGUUUGGGAUGAAGUUCCAUUGGUGCCAGGCCAUGGAGACAUAUCCAUCUAACUUCAUGAAGAGGGAAGCUACCCACCGCUACCUGAAGCAGCUCAUGGCCUUACCCUUCCUACCUAACAUCCCUGUCACAUUUCAGACACUGAAGGAAAGGGACAACACCGCGCCCCUCCAGUCUCUCACCGUUAACAAAGAUGGCAUGGUUUACGUAGAAAUCGAUUUUAACGACAUGCCGUCAACCGGGAAAUCCAUCAUUCAGGGAGCGGAAAACAGGACGCAGUAUGUCGACAUAGACUUAAUAAAAAAUCUCGACUCAAAGAGUGACGACGAAAAAAAUCAAACCUCCAAACAAAAUGGAAAAGAAUAACACGUGAAAUAAAAUUGCACUGGACGUAUUAAAAAAUUUAGAAAUUUAAUUCAAUUUUGUUCUUAUCUAAUAACAGGAAAUGGUGCAUACGUCUCUCUCUCUCUAUAAUUGAAAAGCUUGAUUAUUAUUUAUUAAAUAAUAUCCAUCCUCUGAAUUUUUUAAAGGCUUGCGUUUGCUCUCCUCACAUUUUGUAAUGAUUCAUAAAAGCUGUUUAUUAUCCUUCAUAUUUCAUUAUGAUACAUAAAGCCUUAUUGUCUGGUGAAAAAUUGGAGUUGAAUAAUUCGUAUUUUCGACAGAGUUGCAAACAAAGAAAGAAGCCCCCCCCCCCCAAAAAAAAAAAUGGGAGGUACAGAGUUGUACCUCCUUACUAUUGCUACUAUUGUUAUCUUACAUUUAUUGAGUAGUGAUCGAAAGACAUCAGGCACCAUAUACCGGUAAUGGACUUCAAAUUAAGAUCUCUAUUCGGCACAAAGGGCCAUUGAGCAGUGAGGGAUCUUUUUGAGGUAUCGUCCGAUGGUUUAUAAGGGAUUUACCGCCAACAGUCUAUACAUCUUGCAUUUAUACUUAUUCUGUCUUCUUAUUCUUUGGCAUUACUGUAAUGUCAAAUUAUUGUUUUCUAUUUUGUUCUUCUAAUAUUGCACUUUUCUACUUAGAACUUUUUUCAUUCUUUAUUUUGUCCUUAUAAACACAUGCAACCAAGAUGUAGAAGUAUUUAAUGUAAAGUGAAUUACAGUCAUUUUUUAUUUAUAUAUUAACUAUUUAUUUGUUUGAUGAUAAAAUUUCAGUUUAGAUA